CUGGAGGGGAGCGCAGGCGGCGGUGGGCGCAGUAGGCCGGCAGGAUGCCGCUGGAGCUGGAGCUGUGCCCUGGCCGCUGGGUCGGCGGGGCCCACCCCUGCUUUAUCAUCGCCGAGAUCGGCCAGAACCACCAGGGCGACCUGGACAUCGCCAAGCGCAUGAUCCGCAUGGUCAAGGAUUGUGGGGCAGACUGUGCCAAAUUCCAGAAGAGUGAGCUGGAGCAUAAGUUUAAUAAGAAAGCCUUGGAGAGACCAUACACUUCUCAGCAUUCUUGGGGGAAAACCUAUGGAGAGCACAAACGCCACCUCGAGUUCAGCCAUGACCAAUACAGGGAGCUGCAGAAAUAUGCUGAGGAGAUAGGGAUUUUCUUCACAGCCUCUGGCAUGGAUGAGAUGGCAGUUGAGUUUCUGCAUGAGCUGAAUGUUCCGUUUUUCAAAGUAGGAUCUGGGGACACUAACAAUUUUCCAUACCUGGAGAAAACUGCAAAAAAAGGUCGUCCUAUGGUUAUUUCCAGUGGUAUGCAGUCAAUGAACACGAUGCGCCAGGUCUAUCAAAUUGUGAAGCCUAUUAAUCCCAACUUCUGCAUUCUCCAGUGCACCAGUGCAUACCCACUUCCGCCCGAGGAUGUCAAUCUUCGAAUUAUCACGGAAUAUCAGAAAGCAUUUCCUGAUAUUCCCAUUGGAUAUUCUGGACAUGAAACGGGCAUAGCAAUUUCAGUAGCAGCAGUUGCCCUGGGGGCUAAAGUUUUGGAACGUCAUGUGACUUUGGAUAAAACCUGGAAAGGGAGUGAUCAUCAGGCUUCACUGGAGCCGAGCGAACUAGCCGAGUUGGUGAGAGCCAUCCGCCUAGUGGAGAAGGCCAUGGGGUCCCCAGUCAAGCAGCUUCUGCCAUGUGAGAUGGCCUGUAAUGAGAAGCUGGGCAAGUCUGUGGUGGCAAAAGUGAUGAUUCCUGAGGGCACCAUGCUGACACUGGACAUGCUCACAGUGAAAGUGGGUGAGCCUAAAGGAUACCCCCCUGAAGACAUCUUUGAUCUAGUAGGCAAGAAGGUCAAAGGCAAUAUCGAGGAGGAUGAGACCAUCACUGAGGAGGCAAUAGAAAAUUAUGUCAAAAAAAUAAAAUGCUAAAAGUGUAAUGGCAUGUACUUCGAUAUAUUGCUCUGAACCUCUAAUUGGAGACUGCCUAGCAAAUUUUGGGGGGUUACCAAAUGGAGGAGGGAAAGCAUUUUUUUCUUCUAUAAUUAGGAAAAGGAUACUUCCUUGCAGGAGAUAGAAAAAAGUAAUCCAAACAUUAAGCCAAGAUAGUCUAGGUUUGUCUCGUCUCUGGAGGCCCCUUCCCAAAUCCACAGAUUACUGUUUGGGAAAGUGGACCUGCUCUUCAGCAGAAGGGGGAUGAUAGAAUAACCCCUGGGUAAACUUUUUCAGAGGGUUUCAAUUUUCUUUGUGAGCUUUCAUAUAAAAAUCAAUUAUAUCUAGCUUUUCUAAGAAAAUGGGGCUGAUGUGACCUACCGUGAGAAAUACUGAAUGCUGCUCAUGAAUCAAGUCAGUGUGGUGUGGUAAAAAAUAAACUGGAUUAUUGAUGACUACUGGGAAUUUGAAUUUACAGUAACUUGAGAUGAUCUUGGGUGGGUUCUUGUGUGUGCCUCAGUUUCUCCACCACCUUUAUUUGGAGGGCCCUUCUGUGUCCCCAAGUCGCUGUAAAUGACACUUUUCUUUUUCACUAGAUGGCCUGUUGGGAGUCACUUGAUGGAGGUGGAAAAGGGCGCAUUUAAACAAUGAGAUCUAAGAUAAUAAACUCUUUUCCUAGAACUA